AUGCACACGAUCAUCAAAGCUGUCAAACGGAAAUACGAAUCCUCAGAACUCAAAACCCCAGAAUUCUACGUGGGCUUCAACGACGUCGUCUCCAACGACUUCAACACCCUCUUCCGUUCCCUCCCGUCUGACAGGAGCGACAAGGUUUUUGCAGUGCCUGGAGACUUCCACGGCCGCCUUCUCCCACCGUCGUCAGUCCACUUCGCGUACUCUUCUUGGGCGCUCCAGUGGCUGACGGAGGUGCCCAAGGCAGCCGAGGGCCUCAAGUCUCCGGCUUGGAGCGGAGAGGAGAGAGAGGAGGUUUAUGAUGCUUAUUUGAGUCAGUUUGAGAGGGAUAUGGAAUCAUUCUUGAAGUGUAGGGAUGUGGAAAUGGUGGAAGGUGGGAUUAUGGCUCUUCUAAUUCCAGGAGUGCCUGCCUUGUGGGACCCACAGAAGGAGUCUCUGUUGUUUCGCGGGUUGAACUUCUCAGAUCUUCCCUUGUCGACAUGGUCAAAAAGAUUGAGUGAGUCAAUGUCAAGGACGUUCAACCUUCCAUACUACUUUCCCACCACGGAGGAACCGAGGGCCAUACUGCAAAAGAGCAAUAGUUUCAUCGUAGAAAGAAUGGAGAUUUUGAAUAGUGGGGCGUCGCUCAAUGUCGAUGGCCACGUGGCAUGUCUCAGGGCGGUUCAUCAGAAUAUGCUUACACAUAUGUUUGGAGCUGAAACCAUCAAUGAAACGUUCGACCUUUUGUUAAAGAAAUUCCAAGCUUCAUCGAUAUACGCAGAUCCUUCUAGUGAUAGAACUGUUAUGAUUGUUGCUAUCCUUAAGCACAAGCACAAAAAUAUUUAG